AACGCAAACUGCGCCCGUCAGUCAGCGAGUAAGCGAAUCUUCCCCCAAAGUCAUAGGCUUCAACUCUGAGCGGGAAUAAUGUAUUAAUAAUACCCCAGCCGCGGGGGUAGAGCUUUGUGAAGAUGGCGACGGCUUCCAGCCUUUUCCCGGCUGAGGAUCCUGAGACGUGGCUGAGGGUGGCCGCCAUUUACUGGGAUGUGGUGGCCGCGAAGGGGGCAAAACAGAAGCGGCUUCUGCAGCUGGACAGAUGGUACCAAGAGGAAUUGCCCUCCCGCCUCGCAGAGCGGCCCCAGAAGUUCUUAUCUCAUGAAGACCUGGUGAGGCUAAUGGAGUGGAAGCUGCUGAGAGGGAAGUUCCGCCCCCGGCUGCAGCAGCUGGUGUCCGGCAACCCCAAAGAGAUCGUGGAAAGCUGCACCGGCAAAGCCUUCCGGCUCCUACCCGACGUGUCGGCCGCCAUCAACGAGCUGAGCCAGCUGAAGGGCAUCGGCCCGGCUACUGCUUCAGCGGUUCUGGCUGCCGGCGCCCCCGAGCUGACGGCGUUUAUGGCGGAUGAGGCCGUGGAGAGUAUCCCGGGUCUGAGCCCCGUGCAGUACACGCUGAAGCAUUACCUCCGCUUCUUGGAGCUUUUACGGCAGAAAGCCGAGGCGCUGAGCAAAGCGUCUGGCGAGACGUGGACCCCCCACCGCGUGGAGCUCUGUCUCUGGACAUGGAAAGUAGCCCAGAAGCUUCGGCCUGAUCUUUUGGAGCCCCCGGAAAAAGCUGAAAACGAGGAAAGACCACCGAAAAAACAGAAAACGAAAUAAAAAUAGCCGCUGUGAGCCGACGUCUCGCCGGCCGGCCCACUGCUGAUAGUACGGACCCGUUACUGAACACUCGAGGCACCGCGGGGGCCACAACGAGGAUCCGAACAAUCGACGAAGCUCGGCAGCCAACGGGUUAAACCGGGACACCCAAUAAACCCUUUCACGGCUGGAACCCUCUGUGUAACGUUUACCAAAUCUAUAUUUUAUUAUUGAACGGAAAUAAAGUGACAGACGCGAGCCGCGUGCCGCUCGUAGGAUUU